AUGUCUAAUCGCUCACUGGGGCGUGACAUCCACAUCUACGCCGCAAGCGAUCCCACAGGCCCGGUUCUCGGGGGCCUCAUUCUUACUAACGGCGUGACAAACGUCAACCUCUACUCGAUGGUGGAUAUCAUCCUCAUCCUUAGUAGCAUCUAUCACCUACAAGAUGCACGCCGCAGCCAGCUUGACAGGGAUGAUAAUCCGCUGCAGCCCGGUAAUUACUACGUCGUCACUGAUGGUUCCAUCUCGAUCAACGAUGAGACUUGCCUUACCCGUACCAUUUCUCUUGGUACUGGUACUCGAGUUGCAUCAUUUAGGAAUGCCGUCCGCGACCGGGAUCGUCGGUGCGUUAUCACGGGGGAAGACGCGGUCAAUGCCGAUCUUGGCAGCUGGAGGGGCUUCGAGGCUGCACACAUCUUUCCACUGGCCUACCUGCACCACUGGAACGCGAACAACCUUGGUAGCUUGAUAAGCAUCGAGUCGACUGACGGAGAAUUCAUCAACUCGGUCCAGAAUGGGAUGUUGCUGAGAUCGGACAUUCACGUCCUGUUUGAUGGCUACGAGGUGUCGAUCAACCCUGACGAUGGCUACAAAAUCGUCUGUUUCCUCAGGGAUUCGAAGGGUAUAGCUGGGAAACAUCUUGACGAACGGUUCCGUGGCGAUCCUCGUAGGCCAGUCGACGACCUGUUGCGCUGGCAUUUCCGGCAGGCUGUCCUGGCUAAUGUGAGGAGCGUAGGUGAACCUAUAUUCGAGGUUGAUUUCCCACCGGGUUCUGACAUGAUUGGUGAGAUUCUCAGCGGUCCUAAGGCUGGGGAGAGGAUGCAAUACGAGCUGUUCAGCCGUUUGGUUGAAAUCACGUGA